GCUCUCUCUCUCUCUCUCGCAGAGCGCGCGCCCAAAGGAUGGCAUCCGAUUCCUCCGCCGCCGCCGCCGCCGCCGCCGCCGCCUCCACGGCCAUCGCCGUCGAUGAUCCUCUUCCGAUCCGCCGCCUUGAGCCGUCUGACAAUGCCAAGGGCUUCUUCGCUCUUCUCUCUCAGCUUUCUCCCUUGCCCCCCGUCCCGGACGACGCUUUCCAGGCCCGUCUCGCGGAGAUCAACGCCCUCGGCGCCGAUCACCUCAUCGCCGUCGUCGAGGACCCUGCCACUUCCCGCAUUGUUGCCACCGGAUCCGUCUUCAUUGAGAAAAAGUUCAUCCGGGGUUGCUCCAGUGUCGGCCACAUCGAGGACGUCGUUGUCGAUGCAGCAGCGCGCGGGCGGAGAUUGGGGCAAAAGAUAGUGAAGUACCUUGUUGAACACGCGAGAGCCAAUGGGUGCUAUAAGGUGAUCCUGGAUUGCACGCCGGAGCUCAGAGGGUACUACGAGAGCUGUGGAUUUGUUGAGAAGAACAUCCAAAUGGCGAUCUAUUUCAAUCAUUGAGGCCUGGGUCUGGGGUUUUGCUUCUGAAUUCUGUUAGUUUGGUAUUGCUCAAAAAGUCCGAAUGCUCGCCUGGAUGCCACGACAAACCUCAUAUUGUUCUUCGAAAGCACGCCUCUGACUCGAUUAAGCUCAAUAGACGAUACUUUUAUUUUAUCUUUCGCUCUGCAAUGUUCGAUAAGAUCGCAAUUUGGCACCUUCCCACCUUCACUGGAAUGCACUAAAGUAAAAGCUGAACUCCCACUCAAUCUAUGGUACUCUUUGCCUUUUCACUUUCAACUUCUUGUUAUACUUCUAUGUUUUUAACUAUCAAUAAGAUUAGUCACAUUUUGUUGAUCAAA